GAAAAAAUUGAAUUAAUGCAGGCUGUGUCGCCUUUGAGGAACACAAGCAAAGAUGAGAGCAAAGGAGAGAUGGGGAGUUUUACUAUCAGUUCCGAAGAGUUCCCAGAUUUUGCCGACGGGAACCUACUCGAGAGUAUCGAUUUUGAAGAUCUUUUUCUCGGUAUCGACGUCGAAGGCGACAUGUUGCCAGAUUUGGAGAUGGACCCCGAAAUGCUUGCAGAAUUGUCUGCCGAUAAGCCAAAAAAAGAAGAAAAUAAAGUUUCGAGUUCGAGUAACAACAGCGAUAACAUUAGCCACCAGAUUGUUAACAAAAGAGAGAAACCUAAAGUAGUUAAAGCACCUUCCAAAGAUGAUUAUAAGGGAAGAAAAUCAUCAUCAAAAGCAAAGAAUAACAACAACAAUCAAGGCACCCGAAAAGUGAAGGUGGAUUGGACGCCGGACCUUCACAGGAGAUUCGUGCAAGCGGUGGAGCAGCUCGGAGUCAAUAAGGCGGUGCCAUCGAGAAUUUUAGAGAUUAUGGGAACCGAUUGUCUCACUCGCCAUAACAUCGCCAGCCAUCUCCAAAAAUAUAGAUCUCAUCGGAAACAUUUACUAGCUCGUGAGGCAGAGGCGGCAAGUUGGAUCCACAGGAGGCAAGACUACGGCGGAGCCAAGCAAGAUAUGAACCUUUGCCUUCCACCUACAACGGGUUUUCCGCCCAUGCACCACCAAAACCACCAUUUUAGGCCUUUGCAUGUUUGGGGUCAUCCCACCAUGGACCGAUCUUUAUUGCACUUAUGGCCAAAACAUCUAGCGCCACACACAAUGUCCCCUCCACCGUCGCUACAACCUACUUGGGGCCCUCCGCCACCGGCAGACCCCAGUUUUUGGCACCACCGCCGUGUUCCAAAUGGACAAGCCCCGGGAACACCUUGCUUUCCACCGCCAACGAGAUAUGGUGCAGUACCGGUCCCGGGCAUUCCUCCUCGCCAUGCAAUGUACGAAGCGGACACUGGCAUCGGCGCCACGGCCGGACAAUUAGGUUGCCACCCUCGCCUCGACUUUCAUCCGACGAAAGAGAGCAUCGAUGCAGCCAUCGGAGACGUUUUAUCAAAACCGUCACUGCCGCUUCCGAUCGGGCUGAAACCACCCUCGACGGACGGUGUUUUGGCUGAGCUGCAACGUCAAGGAGUCCCCAAGAUACCGCCCUCUUGUGCUUGACCCGCUCACUACUCCGCCGAUGGCUGAAAACCCUAAAAUCCGACGACAUUACUCGACGUUAAAUUAAUGUAAAAAUCUAAUCCUUCGUUUCUUUUUCCGACUGAAGUUGUAGUGCAACUUGGUUAUUGUUUUGUUCCCAUGCGAGGACAGCUUUAUUAAUUAAGGUUGCCGAUCCAUGUCUGGUAAUGAAAACCAUCUUUUGUAAUGGUUUUAUGAAUGAGAUUAUUUAUUUGGAUUUAUGUUUGAUAAUGAAAUCUUCAUUGGUUAUCCACAA